UAUUGUUACGUUGGAUGUAAAGCUGACGAACUUAUUGUGGAAAAGGAUAUACCCACACCGAUAAAUAUACCGCCCACUGGACUAGCAAAUAGACUCAAGACAACCGGGAAGUCAGAUACCAAAUAA